GGCGAGCGGUUGCCAUCUGAAAAUAGGAGUAAGCGGUGUUCCACUCUUCUAGAUCCCCACCUCCUCUGCCCCUUUCGUCUCCCUUCCCUCGCCAUUACCGCACCACGCCGGCGCCCUUCUCUGACGUACGCCAACCAAGUUGCGCCCGACGCCCUCUCAGAGGAAUACGUUGUUCCGUGGGGAAACGGACGGUGGAGAUGGGGAGGGAGGUGGCGGAGACCUGCAUGGAAAGCAUGAUCUUUGAGAUGGUGUCGACGUACUGCACCCGCUUCUACGCCACCAAGCCCGAGCUCGCCGCCCGCCGGAUCGAGGCCAUCGGCUACCAGGUCGGACUCCAGCUCUCCGAGAGAUAUACAACAGAGCGCCCACGGUUUAGUGAUCAUCUAGAGGCAAUCAAGUUCAUCUGCAAGGAUUUUUGGUCAGAGCUAUUCAAUAAGCAGAUUGAUAACCUGAGGACUAAUCACCGAGGUACAUUUGUGCUUCAGGAUAAUCGGUUCCGUUGGCUUACAUGCGUACGAAUCAAUUCAUUGCCCAAUAAGAUGGAUGCAUCUCAGCAUGACCCUUCUGCAGCAACCUCUGAUAACAAAACAGCUCAAGCCACAAGCAUGCAUCUCUACUUCCCAUGUGGAAUUAUAAGAGGGGCCCUCUCCAACCUUGGAAUUCCAUGUGCUGUUUCUGCUGACAUAUCCAACCUGCCUGCAUGUUCAUUUGUGGUACGUAUAAAAGCUUAAUGCAUGCUGAUGGGAGAAGGUUCGCCUAUGGCUUGAAGGAUUCAGAGAAAUCUAUCUAAUUUGCUUCCAUGAAAUUCACUAAAUUAAACUCCAUUUUCAUUCUUGAUCUCAUAAAUAAACCUAUAAUUUCAACAAUAAAUUUUGCUUCAUCUUUUUUCUGGAAUCAGCAAUAACUUGUUUUGGUUUGAAAGAAUAGACUGCAUUAUUUUACAUUUUUCAUUUUUUUGAGGCAAUUUGUGUUACUUUAUAUAGAAAUUCCUAUCUGUAACAGAUUUGGAUGCAGAUGUUGCUUCA